AUGUCAGGAACCGGCCCGCAGCAGGUCAUUGAGAGGGCCAAGGCAAAGAAAGGCCUGCAAAUUACUGCAACCGAAGUUCUUCCACGCAUGCGAGAAGGAGGUGCAUUUGUCAAGUUCACCCACGAUGGAACAGCGUCCACAUCUGAGAUCGAGAAGGUGCUUCAACAAUAUCUGAGAGAUGAGCCCGUCAAACCGUGGUGGGCGCCGUUCCGGCGGAUGCGCACCAAAAUUGUUAAGGGCCGUCCCUGGGUCGAAGAUAUGAUGCGUAUGCCAGCACCACGGCUCAGAGUGGAAUUCAUCUCUGGGGAGCCAGGAGGUAACCCUGCAGAUGCCGUGGAGUUGUCACAGGAAGAGUUGUUCCAGUUCUUCCGCCCAUACGGAAAACUGUCGGAUAUCGUCAUGCAACCUCCAGACUCGAAGCUGUUGCCAAAGUUUGCGCAUAUCGAUUUUUCGACCAUGGGCAAAGCUAUCAUGGCCAAGAACUGCAUGCAUGGCUACCUAGUCUCGCAAGCGGAAGGUGGUGGGGCGAAGGGAACGAUCUUGCGCUUGAAGUACGAGCAGAAGAUCAAGCCAAGAUGGGUCAGAGACUGGCUCUUCAGCCAUCCACGAAUCGUCAUCCCUAUCCUUGCAGCCAUCAUAGCUGGUAUCACGGUCGCAAUCUUCGAUCCCAUCAGAACCUUCUUUGUCAAAGCACACAUCACAAGAAUGUUGCAUCUUGAGGACAACAGACUUUACAAGUGGCUCAAAGGGUAUGCCGAAGACCUCAUCCGCGGCAAAAAGGACGAUGACGAAGCUGGAAUGGACGCCAUUUGGGAUGACCGCAAGAGCAACAUCGAACAGGUUCAGACUUGGCUCAUGGAGACUGCCGAUACCUUCAUUAUUGUGCAGGGACCCAGAGGAUCUGGCAAGAGAGAACUCGUGGUUGACCAAGCUCUCGCGGAUAAGAAACUCAAGCUUGUCAUUGAUUGCAAGCCCAUUCAGGAAGCCCGUGGCGACAGCGCUACUAUAAGUGCUGCCGCCAACUCUGUUGGAUACAAGCCUGUGUUCUCCUGGAUGAACAGCAUCAGUGGCAUGAUCGACAUGGCUGCUCAAGGUGCGACUGGUGUUAAGACUGGCUUCUCGGAGACUCUUGAUUCCCAGCUCAGCAAAAUUUGGAAUACGAGUACCACUGCGCUCAAGCAGAUUGCGCUCGAUAGUCGACACAAGUCUGACAAGGAUGCGAACUUGGGCGACGAUGAGUGGCUUGAAGCACAUCCGGAGCGCCGACCCGUUGUAGUCAUUGAUAACUUCCUGCACAAGAGUAACGAAGGCGGUAUUGUCUACGACAAGAUCGCUGAAUGGGCUGCUCGUCUUACGACUGCAAACAUCGCGCAUGUAAUCUUCUUGACCAACGAUGUCUCCUUCAGCAAAUCUCUUUCAAAAGCUCUUCCCGACCGUGUGUUCCGCCAGAUAUCCCUUUCCGAUUGUUCGCCAGAGGUUGCGAAGCGAUACGUCAUAACUCAUCUCGAUGCUGACGUUCAGGACGAUCCUGUGCCUCACGGCAAAGAGCCUAAGCCAGCUCCUUCGCAGUCACGUACGGAUCUUGACGAGUUAGACACCUGUAUUGAGCUGCUUGGUGGCCGACUUACAGACCUCGAGUUCCUCGCACGACGGAUCAAGACAGGGGAGACACCCCAAAAGGCCGUCCACGAGAUGAUCGAUCAGUCCGCCUCGGAGAUUCUCAAGAUGUAUAUCUUUGGCGCAGAAGAUGAGGGUGGCAACAGGCACUGGAGCGCUGAGCAAGCAUGGAUGCUCAUCAAGGAGCUCGCGCAGAAGGAGAGCUUGCGGUACAACGAGGUGCUACUUGACGAUAUCCUAAAGACAGGUGGCGAGACUGUUCUGCGCGCUCUUGAGCAAGCUGAGCUUAUUUCCAUCAUCUCUGGGCCCAACGGACGACCAUCGACGAUUAAGCCUGGAAAACCGGUAUAUCACCCCGCCUUCAAGCGGCUUACAGAAGACAAGGUGCUGAAGAGUCGACUUGAUCUUGCAAUCUUCACGCACCUGACCAAGAUUGAGAGUGCGACUAUCGACAAGUGCGAGAAUGAGCUGUUGCUGCUCAGCAAGCUCAAGAGCCAGCCAGCACAGAUGGCAGGCAGAGCAAACUACCUAUUGAACAAGAUGAUGGUGAGCCAGGACAAGGUGGAGAAGUACGAGACAGAGAUGAAAGGGCUGAAGAAGGUUCUUGGUCAGGAGUAUUGA